UCAAAUUCACCCCGGGCCAAAACAAAUCCAAGUUACACUGAAAGCCCAGUCUCCCGUCACUAACCUAAUAACCUCUCUCUCUGCCCUCGUUGACUCGCUCGAAGCUCCAUUGCCUCGUCAAGAUUGAGACCAGGAUCUGGUCUCUUCUGCUCGGCUGCUUCACAGUGGCACACUCCACACUCCACACCCAUCGAUUGUUCUUCCUCCGUGGACCCGCGAGCUGCUCCCUGACCGUGACGGAUCUGAUGGCCUCGCCAGAGGACACUUCUCUGGAGCCACAGAUUGGAUGGCUGGCGGAAACCAUCCUCGGAACCCUCCAAAUCGAAAAGCUAGAUACGUGGAUCCGGCGAGCCGAGCUUGACGAUGUCGUUCAAAAGCUCAAGUCUGAGGUCGAGAGAGUCGAGAUGGUGGUCGCUGCUGUCAGGGGGAGGGCGACCGGGAACAAGCCGCUGUCCAGGUCUCUCGCUCGUCUCAAGGAUCUGCUCUACGACGCCGACGAUGCUGUCGACGAGCUCGACUACUACAGGCUGCAACAACAGGUCGAAAGAGAUCCAAUCCAUAAUCCCGAAAGCACGCAUGGAGCAGAAGCAGAGCGGGUAGACGAAACAUCGAGGGGUGCUGCUGCGGCUGCGGAUAUACCGAACAGCAGCGGUGGCCAUUUACGGUCCAAGCAUUGGAAAGACUUCACGGUCAUAACAUGGGAGAGUGGAAAGGCAGUCGAAGCAAAAUGUAAUCUCUGCGGAGCUCACCCGAUCAAGUGCGGAAGCGGCAACGGGACAUCAGUUUUGAGCAAUCAUCUCAAGAGUAAAGGUUGCAUCAGGAAACGUAGAGGGCCGCCAAACCCCUCAAGCACCGAUGAUGCUACUGAAAUUGCUAGGCCUAUUGUAAUUGGUGAUUCAUCUAGCGGAAAAAGAAAGAGAGCGGAUCACGAGUCAUCAAAAUUCACCGCUACUAACACAGACACUCCUUGGGAUAAAGCCGAAUUAUCCAAUAGGAUACAAAAAAUAACCAGUCAGUUACAAGACAUCAGGGGGAAAGUGAGUGAGAUUCUCAAGAUACAUGGACCAGACUUUCCUUCAAGUUCAAAUAACCACCGAAUUGCAGCCUCAGAUCAUCACCUAAGAACAACAUCAAGUCUUGCUCCAAGGAAAGUGUAUGGGAGAGUUGCAGAAAAGAAGGCCAUCAUAAAGAUGAUAAUGCAAAACAAAUCUAAUGGUGUAACGGUUCUGCCUAUUGUAGGCACUGCAGGUGUUGGGAAGACCACUCUUGCUCAACUCGUAUACAAUGAUCCAGAUGUGGAAAGUCAUUUUGACACCAAGUUAUGGCUUCGGGUAUCACACAACUUUGAUGAAGUGAGGCUCACAAGGGAGAUGCUAGACUUUGUUCCUCAAGAUAGAUGCGUGGGAUCUCUUCACAUAAAUGAAAGGCAUGAAGGAAUAAGCAGCUUCGCAAAGCUUCAAGAGAUCUUGAAGGAACGUAUGGAGUACCAGUUGAAAAGGUUUCUGCUUAUUUUAGAUGAUGUCUGGGACAAUCUAGAUGAUGAGCGGUGGAACAAACUUUUGAAUCCUCUGAUAUCAAGUCAAGCGAAGGGUAAUGUAAUUCUGGUCACAACUAGAAAUUUUUGUGUUGCAAAAAAGAAGGGUACACUUGAACCGAUACAGUUAUGUGCUUUGGAAGAUGAAGAUUUUUUGUUACUCUUCAAAUCACGUGCAUUUGGUGAUGAGAACUACAAAGGGGAUCCAAGUUUAAGCCUCAUUGGGAGGCAAAUAGCAGAGAAGUUAGCGGGAAACCCAUUAGCAGCAGAAACUGCAGGGGAGCUAUUAAGAGAGCAUCUUACCAUUGACCAUUGGACUAAAAUUCUGAAGGACGAACACUGGAAAUCCCUGCAGCUCAGUACAGGCAUCAUGUGUGCUCUGAGGCUUAGCUAUGAUCAGCUACCCUACCAUAUACAGCAAUGUUUCUCAUAUACUUCUAUAUUUCCCAGAAGUUAUCGGUUUCCUGGAGAGAUGUUGGUCCAUAUUUGGAUUUCGCAAGGAUUUGUGAACGGUAACCAGUCAAGUAAGAGAUUGGAGGAAAUAGGACGGCACAAUCUGACCGUUUUGGUGAACCUGGGCUUCAUUCAGCAAGUUGAAAUUUUUUUGUCUUGUCAACCUUGCUAUGCUAUAUGUGGUCUUAUGCAUCAUUUUGGGAGGAUAGUUUCAAGAACUGAGUGUGCAAUUAUAGAUGGUCUACAGUGCAAUGAAAUGUUGCCAACUGUACUUCAUUUGUCAAUAGUAACUGAUUAUGCAUACAACAAAGAUCAGGAUGGGGAAUUUUCUCGUAAUGAACUGUUUGAAAAAACUCUGAAUAACACAGUUACAUCAGUUAGCAAACUGAGAUCAUUGGUGUUACUUGGGCACUAUGAUCCUUGCUUCUUACAAUUGUUCCAGCGUAAAUUCCAAGAGGCACAGAAUUUACGCCUGCUGCAAAUGUCUGUGACAUCUGUUGAUUUUAGUUCCUUCCAGUGCAGUUUCGUAAAGCCUGCACAUCUUCGCUAUCUAAAACUUGGGUCUGUUGAAGUGCGUGGGGAUUUCCCUCGCGUUUUCAGCAAGUUGUACCAACUCCAAGUAUUAGAUGUUGGCUUAUACGCUCAUCCAACUGCACCUAACGGCAUUCAUAAUCUUGUGAGCCUGCGGCUACUUGAUUUUAAGGUUCAAACUUCUAGCGGCUCUGAGAUAACACAACUCCAAUCCAUGAACGAGCUUGUACAACUUGGUGUGUCUCAACUUGACAAUGUUAAAAGUUCGGAGGAGGCUUAUGGGGCAGGACUGAGAAACAAAGGACACUUAGAAAACCUUCACUUGUCCUGGAAGGAUACCUUGUCAGAUAAUGAAUCUCCUGCGGACACAGCAAGGAAACAUAGCGAAGUGCUUGAGGGUCUUAAACCACAUAAGCACUUAAAGCAUCUACAGAUAUCUGGUUAUAAUGGCACCUCCCCAACUUGGCUCAACAGCAAUAUGUCAAUUACCUCCUUGCAGACGCUUCAUCUAGACUGCUGUAGAGAAUGGGAAAUACUUCCGUCUCUGGAAAGGUUUCCUUGUCUCAGAAAGCUGAAGUUGAACAACAUGCGGAAAGUAACAAAAAUAUUGGUUCCUUCACUGGAGGAGCUAGUUCUAGUUGACAUGCCAGAGCUGGAGAGAUGUUCAUGCACUUCCUUGGAGGGUUUCAACUCUAGCUUAAGAUCACUGAGGAUCGAGAAUUGUGAAAAACUGGAGGUGUUUGAUCUGUUUGAGAACGCAGGUAAAUUCAAAGUUGAGCACAGGUCAUGGCUUUCUGGUGUUAGGGAGCUAAUCCUGCUUGAUUGCCAUCUGUUGAAAGUGUUCAGCCAUCUUCCACCAUCAGCAACCUUUUCAGAGUUACAAAUCAGAGGAGUUUCAACACUUCCGAGCAUGAAUGGAUCUUAUGAAAAGUUACAUAUUGAGUCAGAUUGGGAGGAUCCCUCUACUGAGUGUGUGGGAGAGGUUUUGGCAUUCCAUAAUCUCAGGAGCCUCAAAUUUCUGAGCAUAAAUGGUUACGGAGUGAAUUCAAUGUCUAUUUUCUUCAAAGAUUUAAGCCAUCUCGUCUCUUUAAAGAGUUUGGAAAUUGCCAGAUGCGGAAUUGUUUUCUCUUCGUAUGUUAUACCAGAGCCUACAUGUGAAGAUGUGCUCGCUGCAAAUCGCAAGCUCUUCCCGUCUCUUCAGAGUCUCACUGUUGAAUCAUGUAGAAUAACGGGGAAGGGGCUAUCUCUGAUGCUGCAACAUUCACCAGUUCUUGAGAAAUUGGAUUUGUUUGAUUGCAUAGGUAUAACACUCUUAACGGUAGACGAGGAAGAAAACAGUCUAUCAAAUCUUAUCUCAGACAGGGAGACACAAGACGAGCUCUUGCACAUUCCAUUUAAUGUGAGCUCCACUCUCAAGGAGUUAAGUUUUGUUGAUUUCCAUUGUCUAAGAUUUAACGGGAGCAAGAAAGGCUUCUCUGGAUUUACCUCCCUUGAGAACCUACAUAUCUGGGAUUGCCCUGAGCUGCUCUCGUCUUUGGUGCGUAAAGACGGAAGUGAUGACCAGGCGAACGGAAGAUGGCUCCUCCCAGAAUCACUUGGAGAACUUGAUAUCGUUAGCUAUCCCGAAGAAUCACUGCAACGCUGCUUUCCAAAUAAUCUAAACAGCCUCAAGAAGUUGGUACUGUGGAACGCAGAUUUGAAAUCUCUACAGCUACAUUCAUGCACGGGACUGGAAGAGUUGGAAUUUGCAGGCUGUGAUUCGCUCAGCAUAGUAGAGGGCCUGCAGUCCCUUGGCAGCCUCCGAGAUUUGACAGUACUUGGCUGCCCUUGCUUGCCAUCGUAUUUGGAGAGCUUUUCGCGGCAGUGCAAUGAGCUGCUCCCGCGACUGGAAACGCUUGUGAUCAAUGACCCAGGUGUCCUCACCACGUCAUUCUGCAAGCACCUCACCUCCCUGCACGACCUAAAACUUGUGUGGAUGAAAGUGACGAGACUAACGGAGGAGCAAGAGAGAGCGCUUGUGCUCCUCAAGUCCCUGCAAGAGCUCACCUUUGACGGCUGUCAUCAUGUCAUGCAUCUUCCCGCGGGGCUGCACACCCUUCCUUCCCUCAAGAGGUUGAAGAUUGAUUCUUGUUCGAGCAUCUUAUGGCAGCCGGAAACAGGCUUCCCUGAUUCGCUGGAAGAACUGGAACUCUUACGGUGCAGCAAGGAGCUAGACGAUGAAUGCAUGUUGCUAGCGACGCCGAUGAGCAAGCUAAAGGUCAAAAUCAUUCCAUGACGUGUGAAUUAAUUACUGUAUGCCUUGUCAAGCACAUGUUUGUGGCACAAGUUGACCUCAAAAGGCAACAAAGUGAUAUAUGUUGUGCAUUGUAAUACACACUAGUACUUGUGACCAGCAAUUUCUUUACAUCU